CGCCUCCUGUCGGCUGCCACCCAGGCGGUGCCGGCCCCCAACCAGCAGCCCGAGGUCUUCUACAACCAGAUCUUCAUAAAUAAUGAGUGGCACGAUGCCAUCAGCAAGAAAACGUUCCCCACUGUCAAUCCAUCCACUGGGGAAGUCAUCUGUCAAGUAGCUGAAGGGGACAAGGAAGACGUGGACAGGGCAGUAAAGGCUGCCCGGGCCGCCUUCCAGCUGGGCUCUCCCUGGCGCCGCAUGGAUGCGUCCCACAGGGGCCGGCUGCUGUACCGCCUGGCCGACCUGAUUGAGCGGGACCGGACCUACCUGGCAGCCUUGGAGACCCUGGACAACGGCAAGCCCUACGUCAUCUCCUACCUGGUGGAUUUGGACAUGGUCCUCAAAUGUCUCCGCUACUAUGCCGGCUGGGCUGAUAAGUACCAUGGGAAAACCAUCCCCAUCGAUGGGGACUUCUUCAGCUACACCCGCCACGAACCUGUGGGGGUGUGUGGGCAGAUCAUCCCGUGGAACUUCCCGCUGUUGAUGCAAGCGUGGAAACUGGGCCCCGCCCUGGCCACCGGCAACGUGGUUGUGAUGAAGGUGGCUGAGCAGACUCCACUCACCGCCCUCUACGUGGCCAACUUGAUAAAGGAGGCCGGCUUUCCCCCUGGCGUGGUCAAUAUCAUUCCCGGAUUUGGCCCCACGGCUGGGGCUGCCAUCGCCUCCCACAAAGAUGUGGACAAAGUGGCCUUCACAGGCUCCACCGAGGUUGGCCGCCUGAUCCAGGUCGCCGCGGGGAGCAGUAACCUCAAGAGAGUGACCCUGGAGCUGGGAGGGAAGAGCCCCAACAUCAUCAUGUCAGAUGCUGAUUUGGACUGGGCUGUGGAGCAGGCGCACUUCGCCCUGUUCUUCAACCAGGGCCAGUGCUGCUGUGCGGGCUCCCGGACCUUUGUGCAGGAGGAUGUUUACGCGGAGUUUGUGGAGCGGAGCGUCGCCCGCGCCAAGUCUCGGGUGGUUGGGAACCCCUUUGACAGCCAGACUGAGCAGGGGCCGCAGGUGGACGAAACUCAGUUCAAGAAGAUCCUCGGCUAUAUCAAGUCGGGGAAGGAAGAGGGGGCGAAGCUGCUGUGCGGCGGAGGGGCGGCUGCUGACCGCGGCUACUUCAUCCAGCCCACCGUGUUUGCAGACGUGCAGGACGGCAUGACCAUUGCAAAGGAGGAGAUCUUCGGGCCAGUGAUGCAGAUCCUGAAGUUCAAGAGCAUAGAGGAAGUCGUCGGGAGAGCUAACAAUUCCAUGUACGGGCUGGCUGCCGCUGUCUUCACACAGGACUUGGACAAAGCCAAUUAUCUGUCCCAAGCGCUCCAGGCUGGCACUGUGUGGAUCAACUGCUAUGACGUGUUUGGGGCCCAGUCUCCGUUCGGUGGCUACAAGAUGUCUGGGAAUGGCCGGGAGCUGGGAGAGUAUGGCCUGCAGGCGUACACUGAAGUGAAAACCGUCACAGUCAAGGUUCCUCAGAAGAACUCAUAAAGAACCACGCCGGCUCCCUUCCUCAGCCAGCGGCAGAAAGUUCAACGAGAUCAACCACAAAACCAAGAAAAAUGACCCUUGCACUCUAAAAGUCUCAAAAGAGAAAUCCUCCCACAGACUCUCUUGGAUCCAAAGGCCCCAGAAUCUGAGUCCCUAUUGGGUGGGUGUGGGGCGAAGAGGACAUGGAAGGCCUCUGAAACUGUCACAGUGCCCGGCUUCGGGGUGGCUUUUCAGAAACAGACUGGAAUGUGUCAUCCCGUCCCUCUGAUACAAUUCUGUAACUUGCCUUUAAGGGGGAAGGAAAAGUCACUGUUGACGGUUGUACCAUCACUGAGGCCACAGCUAGCCCCUUGUUUUGUAUUCUGAACUAAAGCUCAUUAAAAAUAGUGCUCCCCUUCA